UUAUUUUUCCACACUGCAGUGCUACCUGUAGCACUGCCAGCCGAGCACCCUCCAGAGGUUUAUCGGGAUCCACCUUCACCUCAGCUGUCUGGGUGAACCCCUGCAGCUCAGAUACCCUGGCACAUGCUGUGAAAGCACCCUGGUUGAGAGGAGAAGAAGGCAUAAGGGCUGAUGAUAGUUUGAUGAUAGCAACUUACUUCCAGAGUGACAAAGCGUGCCUGCUGCUGGGGCCUGUCUGGGUUUACUUUGACUCUCUGGCUGGACUUGAACUCCUGCAGGUCUGCAAGCUUGUCGCAUGCUUGAAUUGCACCCUGGCCAAGCCCAAUAAAGACAUCCAGAAGCUGCUGAAGCCCUCCAGCUCAGGUGACCUAUCCAAGGAGUUGUUCCAGCAUCCGGGGGGGGAAGGGGAGGAGGGUGGCCUGUCGGGGCACACUGCUAGCCUGCUGCACAUCACGGAGAAGAGACAACCACUGAGUAGUGUGUCUUCUUUGGAGGUGCACUUUGACCUUCUGGAUCUGACUGAGCUGACUGACAUGUCUGACCAGGAGCUGGCUGAAGUUUUUGCUGACUCUGAUGAGGAGAACCACAAUGAGUCCCCAGCAGGUUCCCACCAGCCUGUGCUGCCCAGAGGUGGGUACAUGCGCUCCCCCUCGUGGACACGCUGCAGCAAAGUGGAGCCCCCACGGGAGAGAAAACACCACAGCGACUCAGACACCGCAGAGCCCUUAAUGAAGCUGGAAAGGCCUAAGCAGCCGUGAUAUCUGAGGUGAUACAGCCAGACGACAGAGAGAGAGAAAACCCAGAGCCAGAAGGACACAACCAGAGUGGGAACACAACGCGGACCAGAAGCCCCCAUCUGCCACUGUGCACUCACAUAAUAUUUCAUGGUGCUGAACAGAUGAGUUCAGGUUGAACUCUGGACAAAGUGCUCUGUGCUCUAACUACAGAUGUUGAGAUGUGCAAUACACACACUGUCCUUCUCUCUCCCUCUACUCUCCUUCUUUCUCUCCCUCACACACACAGACACACACAAGCAUUGUGUUUUUCAUGCAAGGGGUUCUUAAUGCACUCUGGGCUGACAGAUGAUUUUAAGCUUUGUUUUUUGAAUGACAGACAGGGUAUGAGGUAAGCAGAAUAAUAACAGCAUCUCCAUUCUUACAGCCUCUCAGGGUGGGAAAUAGCCUGGACAGCGAGAUUGGUUCCUAAAUUGCGUCCACAGCGUGUGCAGACCUUGCACAUAAAGUUCAGACAUUGGGAUUCACAUUGAAUUACCGGGAUAUGAUUUUAAACAUAAAUCAACAGUGCUGUUCAAAGGAAAACAUCAUGCUGAGGCUCUUACUUAAUGUGUUGGCUUGAAAAUGCGACGUUUUUUUUUUUGUUUGUUUGUUUCCUGCAAUGAAGGUAACUUCAGUGGAAGUGGACAUCAGUGAGGCCACGCUCUUUAUAUCCAUCACACCUUCUUCAUCUUAAUGAAGAAUUUGUGUUGCUAUUAUAAUUGCCUAAAUGAAACAUGUUGCACUUCUCUCACUGAAUUGUAUCAACAGUGCUCCCCAGAAUUAUUGGCAUUUGGUGCAGAUGACACAAAAGAUAAAGAGACCAAGUAGCAAGCUAUAUGCACACUUUUCCAUACUCAAAAACUUGCUUUCACAAUUUGUUAAAUGUUUUCCAAUUUCUUUUAUCAUGUUUUAAAACAUGGUUGCUGCUACUAAGAUAAUUAGAGUUGGUCCUUCAAAGUUAACUUGAUGAGGAAUACUUGAAAUAGUUAAACACAAAGGGAGAAUUGCACCAUAGUCCGGACGGCUUCAGUAAGCUCUGCACGAAUGCCAAAAAUACAACAAAGUGCCAACAAUUUUGUAUUCAUCCUUUAAAAGAUGAAUUUAACCGAUAAUGCAAUAUAUCACAUCUUUCUAAGCAAAGGUCAUAGCUGAUUACUUGAUUUAUUUAUCUCACGUGUAGCGUGUUUAUGCCAAUAAUUCUGAAUGCUGUGACAUGAUGUAUCAAAAGUGACACUGGGAUGAUAGAAGAAUAAAUAACUCUUGAAAAA